CACGCAGAGAGCAUCCACAGUGAAUGUGAAUCACUGUACUGCGCGUGCGUCACUUCUCUUUCUCUCUCUGCUUAGCCCCCCCUCUCUCUAGUCUUUCUGUAGCCAGCCCUUUUCAUCGCGCAGAAGUAACAGAACCAACUUUUGUUUUUGGUAUCAUUUUUUCACUCUUUCUCUGCUACGUUGCCAGUCCCUCGAGCUUCAUUUUCUUGGUCUCUGUGCACAAUCCAAUAUCUCAUAGUCACAUGAUGCUCUCUUUCUUUCACAUCUUUUCAUUUCUUGAUUCUCAAUCAUCACCAUCUUUUACUCAUUGAUCUUUCUCUUUCUAUGUUCAAGAGAAUCACUUGUUCCUUGCUUCAAGACAUGUAGAUAAUACUACCAAGUAACAGAAUAAUACAGGUAGGCCAGUACUGUUUCACUGCGCUUUCUACUGGGUCUUCUUGGCUGUCGUCUCCUGCUUUCUCUUCUGUCUUAUUCACUCUUUCCCAUUGCAUCUUUGUAAUGCAUCUUACUCUUUUUUUUUCUCUUGGUAUCCCGUUGCUGUUUUGGGCAAACUUGGUUAGCUACAUUGUAUUAUUUUGUUGGAAAGAAUGGAUUUUGUUUUUCACAUGGGCUUGGCUGAUAAAUGGUAUUUGAGAUUCGAGUGUUUUUUGUUUUGAAAGAGAGGGAUUUUUGGUUUAGGGUUUUUGGUUUCUUGGAGAGAUGAAUGAAACAACAGGGAAUCCAGCAGGGGCAUGUUUGGCGUUGACAGAGAAAAAGGCUCACAGGUCUGGUGGUUGUGUUGGUAUUUUCUUUCAGUUAUUUGAUUGGAAUAGGAGAUUCGCCAAGAAAAAACUCUUCUCCAGGAAAUUGCUUCCUGCAGCUCGUGCAAAACAUCCAUCAAAGAAGUUUGGUGGGGAUGAGAAGAUGCCCAAAACAAAGCUCCAUCUGAUUGUUGAUGAGAAUAAAGGAGGUUUUCCAAAUGUAAAGAAAAGCGGGAAUUGUAAUAAUGAUAUUGUAGUGAAAAAGCGUGAAAUGAGAGCUCCAAGUUUGGUUGCUAGGUUGAUGGGCCUCGAUUCUUUGCCAGCCGUGCAUCGAGAUAAGCACAAAAAAGUUUCAAAUUCUGUUGCUUGUGAUGUUACCGAAGAGAAACUUGUUAAUGAUAGUCAUAGUGAAUCUGAUAGGAAUGAUUUGAAUAUGGAGAAAGGGAGCACAAAGGUUGAAUCUAGGCCUCAAAAGCUUCAAAAGACAGGUCAGUUUGAGAGACAAGCAUUGACUAGGUUCGGAGCCGAUGUGUUGCAAAUUAACAGUGUUUUGUCAAGGUCGAGAAGGCAUCAUCAUCCAAAACUUGCACCACCAGUUAAGAGUCCUAGGAUUUCCUCGUCCAAGAAUGCAUCUAGGACGUCUAGGUUGAUUGAUGCUGCUACUAGAAUUUUGGAACCUGGGUUGCAAGCUACCAAUAGGUCAAAAAGUGCUCUUACUUAUCCAAGUUCUAUGAAUUAUUGUCCUAGGGAUGAAGUUUUGACAGAGGAGAUUGGAAUUAUGUUACCAAACAUUGUGAAACAACAAGAUAUUGGAGAUUGUAAUGAGGGAGAAGGCACGUCUUUCAUAGGGCAAACUUCUUGCAAAAAUUGUGGUAAUUUGUUUGAUGUUAUGGAUUCUAGACCCAAUGUGAAGGAGCGGCAGUUCGUUUGUCCAUCCACUCCUUCAAAUUAUAUGUCCUCUCAAGAAUCAGAAAUGAUCAAGCCUAGGCCACCCAUAUCCACUCCUGAGCAAGAAAGAAAUGUAAUUUAUCAGAGAAAUUGGGACCAACAAUCCAUUGCUGUGAGAGAAAAGGAUAACACACGAGUACCAAGUCAAACCAUCACAGUUAUCAAACCUGUGUCUCCAGAGUGCCAAUCACAGCGGCAAUUGAGAAGCCAGCAAUGCAGGCCUCAACAGCAAGAGUCAUCUUCUAUUACUUAUAAGCAGAGGAUUCAUACUCAAAAUGAGAUGUUCAUAAGCAGGGAUGGAACUCCUCCAAGGGCCAAACUAAAUAAUCUGCAAAGCAGGAGAGCUUCUUCAGCUGCAAAUGGUAUUAAUGAGGCAACAGAUUUUGUUGCUUUGAACAGAAGCAUAAUCAGUCGUGGCAGGACAAGGGCAUCUAACUUGGCUGAUAAUUCUACAAUUGACAAAGACAGAAAAGUUUGCAGCAGACGAGAUGAUUCCAUGUCACCGCUAAGGAGCCCAGCGCGCAAGAGGACAGUUGGUGUCAAUGCACAAGUUGAAAGUACUGGACUUGCUAAUCCGAUGUCUAUGGGACAAAGGAAUACCAAGUCUGACAGUGUGAGUAGAAAAGUGGUUGCAUCCAGCUCUCUCUCCAUGGACCGUGCAUGUAUCAGAAGUAGAUCUGUUAAUGAUGGAGAGUGUAAUAAAAAUAAUGGCAGUAGGGAAAAUGAUGCUAUAUCUUUUACGUUUAAUUCCCCAUUUAGGCACAGAACUUUUGUUUCCAAGGGGCUGAAAGAGAGGAGUCUUCAAAUUGAUAAGAACACUUCUCACCAAAGAAGGCUGGUGUUGGAUGAAAAUGAUGGCAAAACACCUUUGCAGAAUCAAUUUCCAUUAAGAGGAGAUGCCCUGGGCACAAUUUUAGAGCAAAAACUAAAGGAACUGGCCUCUCAAGAACAGGAUGAAUUGACAAGUGGAGGUAGUAAACCCAUGAGAUCUACUGCUAUGAUUCUCCAAGAGCUAAUAUUUGCUUUGACUGCGGAUCAGCCUAUGUCUCCACAUGCUCAUAUGUUUAAUGCAGACAAAACUUACCAGAAGGAAGUAAAAAUCAGGAGGAAUUCAGUUGGAAUAUCAGUUGAUGGUGAUCACCUUAGUCCUGGAUCUGUUCUUGAAGCUUCUUUCUCAAAUGACAGUUGCAUUUCAAGCAGUCUGGAUGAGAGCUCAGGACGCAGGAUGCUGCUGGACUCCAUGGAUUGCUCCUAUGAUCAACCACAACCAGUAGAUACUGAUGCGGAUCUUCUGGAUUGUGCAUCCUCUUUGAUACAAGGGAGGACAGGUAGCAAGACGGCGACGGAUCUUCUUAACCAUGUUUCUAGGAUAUUACAGAGCAUCAAUCUUGCUGGUGGCAGGUUAACUGGAAACAAGCUCACUCAUGCAAAGGAGGUUAUCUUGAAUGCUGAACUGUUGUUUGGUAAAGCAACACUAUGUAAUUCAGAUAGAAUGAAGAGAUUUCUCGUUGGACCCUUUCUGCUUGACGGACUUGAAACUCUGGCUGGUGCCUUGUGGAAAAAUCUUAAUUGCCUUCCUGGAUUUGAAGAGAGCAAGGAGGGUAAUCAACUCAGAAGCUUUCUUUUUGAUUGUGUGAUAGAAUGCUUAGAUUCAAAAUACACCCGGUGCAUUAACACUGGAUUCAAAACGCGGAAAAGAGUACCGUCAUGCAUGAAUGCAGAAAUGUUGAUUCAAGAGAUUGGCGAUGAAGUCAGAAGGUGGACAGAUUUUGCUGGGAUGAUUCCGGAUGAGAUAAUAGAUUCGGAGAUGAGUCAUUCCUUGGGAAAAUGGACAGAUUUUGAAAUUGAAGGGUUCGAAACUGGUGCAGAAAUCGACAGCGACAUACUUCAGACUUUGGUUGAGGAAAUUGCCGUCGACCUUUGGGAGUGCAGGGUGGAUUCCUUUUGAGGGGUGUGACUAACAUAAUGGAAUGUGGAAGUGUAUUUUGUUUUACUAUGAUGCCACAUUGUCUACUAUGAAAGUGUCAUUUUAUUUUUUUUCUUAAAAACCAUGUCUAACGUCAUUGAUGGUUAGUUGUAACUUGUCUUGACAAUGAAAAGCAGCUCCAAAUGGUCUUCUGCAUAAA